AUGUGUUUGUUCCUUGAAAUCCCAUUUGAGCUCCGAGAACUCAUCAUUGAACAUGUGCUCUAUACGCCGCUCAGCCCGCCUGUGACUCCGCUGCAAUCCGAUGGAAUCGAAUACAACGAUCUUAGGUACAAGGCAUGGGUUGGAGGAGGUAGCAAAAUCUAUUACAAGCAGCAGAACAUGGCUGUCUCUUCAAGCUGUCUGCCUCUUCUUCUCACAAAUCAUCAAAUUUCAUCCGAGACUCGGGCGAUCCUUGGACGCAUGAAAGUCGACUAUAUCCUUGACAUUUCAGUCAAGGAUGACUUGGAUCUCUUUCUGACAUGGCUGUCGGUGCCAUGUCUCACAACCCACAUAUCGACCCUCUACGCGAAUGUCCGUCUUUUUGGUCACAUCAUUGGGAAGCGCGCUGUCCGUAGCCAAUUCGGUGAUGGCGGCCGGCUAGGGUUCCACUGGUCCUUCUAUGCUGCAUUAGAGCGGUUUCUCCGCUAUGGACCUGUGGGAGAAAAAAGACGCAAAGAGGAAGAUGAGUCAUCUGACUAUCAUCGAACCACGCAGGAAUUUGAGGAUCGCGGGAUGCUGAUUGACACCCUUGUUCUUGAUUUCCAGUCUGCGGAACUAGAGCUUGCCUUCCCACCAGAAGAUGUCACAUACAAGCAUUGGUCGGCGCGGCAUUGGGGUCUCGAUCGGAGAGACCAAAGUGAAAUCUCAGAGACAUUGUCAUCAUAUACAACGCGCCCGGAGUGGCUCUGUGAAUAUCUGCAGGGCUGGAUAGGCGGUCUCCUUCAUAUGAGUUAUCAUACCUCCCAAUACGGACAGCCUCUAUAUGAGCAUAUUGGGACUAUCCGAAUGCUUGUUGAUGGACAACUACAUCAUGAAUUUGAUCUAGCAGCUUGGCUAGCUCGCCUACAGUUUACCGACCCAAGUGAUACAAUGGGUCAUUUACCCACAAAUGACAGAGAGUCUGGAUUUUGGAAAUGGAAAAACGAGACAUUGCUAAGAAGGGAGGCCCAAGGGUUCCCCGUGAUGAAACAGCCAUCAGAUGAUGGAUUAGGUGGGAGAGAGAUUCACGAAUCUAUGAUUUGA